UCCCGCACCGUUCACCGUGGUCAUAACAUACUCUCUGCGGGUUGUUUUCCUAGUUCGGCAAGACACAAUCAACUUCGAGAAAUAAUUAUAAAAGUUAAGUUCAGGCUCUAAGAUGCCUCCGAUUUUGGCAACAGGCUUUAGAAGAAGGAGAACUUUCAGGGAUUAUUUCUUUGAUACGCUUCAAGUUGUCCAUUUUUUAAUAGCAAUGGGAUUUUUGUGGGCUGGAGUUGUUGAGUUCAUCCGUAAUCCACCGUACUUCGAUGCUUAUGGCGAUGCAGCUACGUGGAAUGAUUUGCCAAAAGGACUGUUUGUGACUGAUCCAAGGAAUAUCAAUACAGAGCAAUCUCUUCGCCUCAUGGAUCUACCAAUCCUUUUUAUGCUAUUGUCCUAUUUUGUUGUGUGCUGGUGGUUAAAGUUUAAAGGCUUGUCCUGGAUUUUAACAGCUUGUAUCACCCUUGUACUGCUUUGUUUCUUCUUUGUUAAUUUCUGGGCCUCGGAUCUGUUUGACUGGAGAUAUUACAGACCAAGAAUGAGGGGUCUUGAAACCCAAGUAUUCACACUUUCACUGGCUCUCACAACAACAUAUGUUGUGUUGUUCUACUCAAGAAAGAAGAUGCCAUUCAAAUUUAAGUCCACCCUUCCCAUCCGACCAUUUGGGAAGAUACAUGUGUUCUGCAACUUUGCAGCAAUGUUUGUGAUUGUCUACUUCUGUUUGAUAAUGUGGUUCUCCAAACUCUAUGUAUCUUGGUCUUGCUUCAAAAACUACAAAGAAGUUUUGCUAUUAUGUCAGAGCACCACCAUGGUACAAUGCUUUCCAUGUAAUAGCUGUGAUCCAGAUGGAUUAAAAAGCUGUGUUAGUGAACAACACAAGAUGUUUCAUUGUCAGGGGGUUCUAAAAGAUCAGGGAGCCUUCUGCAUCUUCAACUACAACCUCAGUGUCUUUGUCUUUCUCACAGUUUUUGCCUAUGUUGGUGGCUUAGUAGUGUUUCUUAGCAAAGUCUUCACCAUCUUGCUCCAUUACACAUUUCGAGCAUUCUUCCUCUUCAUGAAAUGGUGUCAGAUUAAAUUUGGUGCUAGGGAAGGGCACAGAACUAGCAUGGAUCUUCCUACCAUUCAGGAUAACAUUGCAAAUGUGUCUAUACAAGAACCAUUCCAAUAUGUUGAAAGGAACACUGAUAACGAGGCCCAAGUUACAGACAAUAGCUGUCGUUUAAAUGCCAGUAUUGAUACAUGUCACAUAGAGGAAGGUGAUCCAUUUGUUGAAGCUCUUGUGGCAUAGUUUUCAUGACAGCGGAAGAUUCAAGAGAAUUCAGAUAUUAAUGGAAUUAUUAAUA